AAAAAGAAAGUUCUUUUUUCCAUUUCUUUGUUUCCAUCACCACCACUCACUCUCUCUCCCCUCUCUCUCAGUGGAGCUGAGAAAACGAUGUCGUAGAAUAGGAAAACCAAAUCAAACCAACCCCAUGUUUCAUUUUCCUCUUUGUGUAGAUGUGUAAACAAAGAAUCUAAGAUUCUAAUGCUGUAAUUGUGGUAAAAAUCCAAUCUUUUUUGCAUUUCUGUGAUUUUUGUGAAGAAAAGAUUCAACCCCAGAAGAGAAAAAAUGAGCUUGGAUCCAGUUGUGUCUUCUUCUCAAGGGAAUCUUGAUGAGCAGAUUGCUCAGCUUAUGCAGUGCAAGCCCUUAUCUGAACAAGAGGUAAAAGGAUUAUGUCAGAAAGCAAAGGAGAUAUUAAUGGAUGAAAGCAACGUGCAGCCUGUGAAAAGCCCUGUGACUAUAUGUGGUGAUAUUCACGGCCAAUUCCAUGAUCUUGCUGAGCUUUUUCGUAUUGGUGGGAAGUGUCCUGACACUAACUAUCUAUUUAUGGGAGAUUAUGUUGAUCGUGGAUACUAUUCUGUGGAAACAGUAACGCUUUUGGUAGCUCUCAAAGUGCGGUAUCCUCAACGGAUUACAAUUUUGAGGGGAAACCAUGAGAGUCGUCAGAUUACUCAGGUUUAUGGGUUUUAUGAUGAAUGUUUACGAAAAUAUGGUAAUGCCAAUGUGUGGAAGACUUUCACAGAUCUGUUUGACUACUUUCCUCUCACAGCUUUGGUUGAAUCCGAAAUUUUUUGCCUCCAUGGUGGUUUGUCUCCAUCUAUUGAAACUCUUGAUAAUAUCCGUAAUUUUGACCGCGUCCAAGAAGUUCCACAUGAGGGGGCUAUGUGUGAUCUUUUGUGGUCUGAUCCUGAUGAUCGUUGCGGGUGGGGUAUUUCACCCAGAGGUGCUGGAUAUACAUUUGGCCAAGAUAUAUCUGAACAGUUUAAUCACACCAACGGCUUAAAACUAAUUGCGAGAGCACACCAGCUGGUUAUGGAGGGAUUCAAUUGGGCCCAUGAUCAAAAAGUGGUUACCAUAUUUAGUGCCCCUAAUUAUUGCUACCGCUGUGGGAAUAUGGCGUCCAUCUUGGAAGUUGACGAUUGCAAUGGCCAUACAUUCAUUCAGUUUGAACCAGCUCCUAGGCGAGGAGAGCCAGAUGUAACGCGAAGAACACCAGAUUACUUCUUAUGAUCAAAGCUGCACAAACUUGGUGAUUUUAUCGCAUCAGUUCUUGAUAAACUGGUCUAUAUGCUAUGACCAUCUGUGAAAUCCUAUAGUUAUUACAGAUUGCGACAUUGCAAGUUGCACAAAGCAUGCAAAUCGUGCAGGUGAUUCAUUCUUCCUUACAUACAGUUCUCCUGAAACUUAACGAAAAUGCAGCAAAGAGACUGCGAAAACUGGUGAAGGAGUCACUAUGCAUGUAUCAUUUCCUACAAACAAUGAUUUAACCUUUUUCUCUUAUCCUCCUUAUAGUAAUUUUUUUGUUACCAUCAUUUCGUUCCCCGAUUAAUUUGUCACCCUAUAGAAGGACGAUAACUCUUGUGUGAAACUCUGUAGAGACAAGACAUUAUUUUUUACCUUGUAAUGGGGUUCUUUCUUGAGUAAUUCAUCUUUCACCUUGCUCA